CUGCCUGCUGUUGCACGAUGCUGGGAGGCCUGGGGAAGCUGGCGGCUGAGGGCCUGGCCCAUCGCACAGAGAAGGCCACUGAGGGAGCUGUUCAUGCUGUGGAGGAAGUGGUGAAAGAUGUGGUGGAGCAUGCCAAGCAGGCUGGAGAGAAAGCCCUUGCUGAAGCCUUAAAGAAUGCCCAAGAGUCGGGAGAGAAAGUGGUGAAAGAAGUCACCGAGAGAGUGACCAACACUGUCACAGAUGCUGUCACCCACGCGGCAGAGGGCUUGGGCAAACUGGGACAGUGAGCCUGCUGGCGACCACAGCGGACCCUCUCUAUAUUGAAUAAAAAGCUGAGGAAUGUG